CUCGUAGUUCUCUAAAGCCCUUGCCCGCCUGAUUCGGAAGGAAGGACAGCACUCAAUCUCCCAAGAAGCUUUUCGCGCGCCCGUUGUCGCUGCGGACUGAGCAUGCGCGGGUUAGUGUGCCUGUUUUCGUCGGCGGCCGCUGCAGAGCUUCAAUGGGGGCUUACGAUCAUUCUCGGGUGCGGUUGUUUACGGGACUCGGAGGGGCUGGUUUGUUCCUGUUGUUGAUAGUCCUGUAUAGAGUCGGAUCCGAGUUGGAGGUGUUAAAUCAGUGGACUACUUAUUCACUGUGGCAGAUACAGAAACCACUCUACAAGCUUGAUCUAGAGUGGCCGAAGUUUCCAGAAGAAUUUACUGGUCAAACAUUUUGUGUCGCUGUUGAUCAUCUCCAGGGAUUAGUCUACGUGGGACAGAGAGGUAAUGAAGAUGUACCAAAGGUCUCAGUGUACUCUGAGGAAGGCUAUCUUGUACAAACAUGGAAAACAGCCACCAUUGAGAUGCCCCAUGGAAUCUUUGCACUGACCACACCCAAUGGAAGUUCUGUGUGGAUCACAGAUGUAGGAAAUGGAAAAUAUGGACAUACAGUGAAACAGUACAGCCCAUUAGGUGAACUCCUCCGAGUCAUAGGUACUCCAGGUAGAGCAGGUUCUGAUACGGAACCUCUACAGUUUGACCAGCCAGCGGAGGUCUUUGUGGAACCAACCGGAAACAUUUACAUUGUGGACGGUGAUGGAGGACUAAAUAAUCGCUUGCUCAAAUUGACAGAAGACUUAAAGAUUCUAUGGCUACGUGGGGAGAAUGGUACUGCUCCUACACAAUUUAGGAUUCCACACAGUGUGACGGUGGAUUCAUUUGGGCGGGUCUGGGUUGCAGACAGAGCCAACUGGAGAAUCCAAGUUUUUGAAAAAAGUACUGGGGAAUGGUUAGGAUCUUGGGAUAACUGCUUCACAGAAGAUGGCCCUUACUCUGUAAGGUUUACUCCCGAUCAGCAGUAUAUAAUUGUGGCCCACCUAAAUAUUGAUAAGAUUUCUAUCUUGGCAGCCCCACCAGUAGGAUUAAUUGGGGAUUGCAUUGUAGUGGACACAAUCCAGCUUGCAAGAGAAGUCAAGCCUCAUCUUCUGGAUGUCAGCCUAAGUACCGGAGCCAUAUAUGUGGCCGAAAUUGGAGCUGAACAAGUACAGAAAUAUGUACCUUUGGACUAAUGGUAUCUUUCACGCCAUACAAGCAAGUGUGGAAUCUCGUCCAUCACAACCAGAUGGGGUUAGCUGCAGUUCUUAGGACUCCUCUGUCUCACAGCUAAUGGCUGUGCUGGUUGGUGUGCAUAUCCUUAGGAACAGCUGGCUGAGGGAUUUUGCUCUCCUGGAUGGCGUGAUCUCUCCAGUUGUGCAAUACUUGAAAUAACUAAUGAUGCAUUCUGUGCAUUUAUCUCAGGGAAUGGUCUGUCUUUCAGUAUUUUAGCCAAGUUUUACAGACAGUGUUUUAAUUGGGUUUUUUUUUUUUCAGAUAAAUUAUUUCUCUUGCAAUACAGUUCCAAGAGUCUUUCUGUUCAUUCUUUUAACAUAAUCAGACUUACGCGCUUGCAGUGGUUUUACCGCCAGCCUUAAAUUUGUUUACAGUCAAUGGGAGACAACAGCAUAUUUGAUUGAUUAAUUAAUUAAGAGGGAAGGAAGGAAGGAAGGCUAUUGCAGUUAUCUCAGGAAGCAACUCCUGCUCCAUGAGUAGAUAUGGUAACAUCUUUGAAAAAUAUGAACUGCACUUCAGCAUUAGCAGAGCUUGGACCAUUGGCAGUCCUUGUCCACUGAAGGUUUUUCUAAGCACAGCCCCUAUUCAAAGGCAACUUAAAGCGUUCCUUCAAUUGCUCGUCCGUUUUCCUGUUAUAUUUUGGUAUGGUUCUCUGAAAUAAAUAUUUUUAAAAAUACGAUAGGUUGUGACUGUUCAGCCUACCAAAGCUAAUUCCAUACAUUAUAAGUUGCCUUGUUUUAUAUUCAUUAUUGUGAUGGGUCUUAUCUUUUAAAGAAACUUUUUUGAACAAUGAACAUGUCUGUUACUUUUUAAGCAAAGCAAAGCUAACAGCAAUUUAUAAUCUGCACAAAAAAGCACUGUUUGGGAUAUUGACAUGUUAUAAACAUGUUAAAGACAGCAUUAUAUGUAAACCAUUUGUGACAUAAAUGUAAAGAGGGACAACUUAACAACAGCAGGUAGACCACUUUAGAAUUGACAGUAAAGAUGCCAAAAUAGUGGAUAGUCUCUUGUCUUUUAUAAUCGACUGUCAAACAGUACAGGAAUAAGCAGUCAAGAAAAAAGGGCUGCAGAUUGGAGCUCUGUAGAGCAGCGACAAAGGCCUUGGAAACGAUAUUCGAAUGCUGAGAUGCAUCUAUGUUGUGAUAUGGUCCCUAAGAAUCAAAAACCUGAUGACACAUAAUCCGUCUUAUCAAUUAACUACGUAACAUUAUUCCUCUGAACUUUGCAUCUGGGUUACUCUGCUCCAAAAGUUCCUGCAAGAUAUUAGGAUAUUAACAACUUUGACCUACAUUGCUUUGAACCUGAAAUUGUAGGAUUGUGAGGUAAAAGAAUCCUAGGCGGCAAAGGCAAGUCACUUCUAAAUAAUAACACACACACACACACACACACACACACACACACACACACGUGUCAUGGAACUCCUGCUGACUGGGAACUGACCUGCGUGAGACAUAUCUGUUUCCUUAAUUCGGGAACAUUUCCAUAUUUUAAUCAAAGUUGCUCUAUUCCCUGGAAUAAUUUCCCUUUCUAGUAGAGAUAAUCUUUGAUUUACAACAGUUUGUUUAGUGACCAUUCGAAGUUACCUCACCCCAAAAAGGGACUUAUGACCGUAUUUCACACAACCGUUGCAGCAUCACUCGCUUACACGAUCAGAAUUCAAAUGCUUGACAACUGAGGUCAUAUUUAUGACCUUUGUUGCGUCCCAGAGUCACAUUAUCCCCCGUAGCGCCCUUCUGGCAAGCAAAGUCAUUGGAGAAGCCUGAUUCACUUAACAACCACGGCAAGAAAAGUCGUAAAAUGGAGCGAACUCAUUUUAACAAAUUUCUCACUCAGCAACAUAAAUUCUGGACUCAAUUGUGGCCAUAAGUUGAGGACUACCUGUAUAUUCUUUCCAAAAUAUUCACAUAUAUUCUGAUAUUUCAGGUCCUACAGCUACACGAGCCGUUCAGGGCCCAUGUACAAUCGCAGCUACACAGGAUGGAACUCUCUUUUUAUGACCAUUUUGGAACUCGAUUCCACAUAUGGAGACAGGGGCUACUGCUGGGUACCUCUCUUCUCUGCUGCCAGAGAAGCCAGGCAGCUUUGUAUUAGGAGGCAUACGUGGUUGGGACCUUUUAACCCGUCCCUUUUUUGUCAAAGGAAGCAAGGACACCAAUUUCCCCUUUAUUCUCUUGCAUUCUGUUCCAGCGUGUGGCAUGGCAUCAUGACUGCAAAUAUCUCUCUUCUAUGAUCCAUACAGAGAAAGAUUAAGCCACAGGUAGUCAGCCUUUGCUUAGGUUUAGGACUAAGCCAAAUAUUUGAUUAUAUGAGGAAAAACGUACAGAUGAAGAAGACAUUUAUUCGUACAGAUUCUAAAGUACCAACAAAAUAGUACAUUUUAUAUUGCGUUAUAAAAAUGAAUAUUAAACAAUACAGCACAAUACAACAAUAAUUAUUAACAGUAUUAGUAAUAAAACCUGGAAGAUGCUUUUCAUUGCCCUUGUAUAAGUAGUAAUAUUCUACUGUGCCGUACACAUUAGUGUCAGUGGACAGAGGUGUCCCUUUGUAGGAAUACUCUUUUUAUCUAAAAGGCUACAUAUGCUGAGUAUAUAAUAUUGCAUUUUUAAUAACAUUGAAAAUGUUGAGAUUAAUAAAAUCGAUAUCAAAUUCUGAAAAAUGACAAUAAAACUUGAGAUCACAUCUACACUAUAUAAAAUACUGGAAAAAAAAAUGGCCCGUAAGUCCAUUAGUCGUUUGUUUAAAAUGUGGCAUAAUACUGAACUUCAAAUUUAUCACACGCGCACACACAUACAAAAACAAACUAAGUGCACAGAGUACUUAUUGCAACUGCUCUAUUCCACAGUAUUGGUAUUGGGGGGGGUCUUCCCCCCCAUAAUGCAAUGGAGUGGGAGGGGCAAAGCAUUUUCUCCCUGAAUGUUCCAACUCUGAUACUGGUUGUGGAUCCGAUCCCUUCUGAAAUAUUUGGGUUGGAACAUUCUGGUUGCAGCCUUUGCAUCCUGUAGCAAUGAUAACGCGGGAAAUGUAGUUGGUUGCAAAGAAAUAAGACUGGCCCAGUAAAAAUGGUGGCCUGAGCUUUGUGGCUUUGUGCAUCAUCGAAAUCAGGUGUGCUCUGUCUAUGUAAAACCGAUUUUGCAUUGCAGCAAGCAUUGUGCAACCCUUCCCUUCACAGAGUUACGAGCAGAGGUAGUGGCAUUUCCCCCGCUGCCCUUAGCCCUUCCCAGUAAAUAUAUGAAGGAACUGGAGGAGAAAAAGGCAUAUUUACACCCUAGGUUAAUUCUCUCCAAGGGAAGGAGGAGAGGGAAAGCUUGGCAGGAAGGGGAAAUGUUCCCUUUUUCUUGCUUUAAUUACCUGAUAAAGGAGGGGGGUUUGUGUGUACUAUUCUUAAGAAAAAGGCGUAAGAGUUUGUAUGCUUGAUCAUAGAUGAAAAUGGAAAUUCAAGGGAAAAUACAUUGGUGAAGAUUAAGAAAGAUAAGGAUUAAACAAGGUGCUGAAGGGGCCUAUAAUAACUAAGAGAGAGGAAGGAUAACAAGGUUAUGAUUACCCGCUGAAAAGCACGUCAGAAAUCACAUAUUCUUUAAAUUUAGUCCCCCCCCCUUUUUUUUCUUUCUCUCUUGCAUUUCUUUUUUUAAAUUUGUCCUUAAAACUAUUUAAAAAAUUCUUAAUAAAUAUUUUAAAUGUAUAGGGAAAUGAAGUUCAAGGGAAAAUACAUUGGAACAAUGUAUGUGGCUUUGUUCAUUUGGAUGAAAAGUCUUUUGAAUGCGUUACAAUAGUAUGAAAAUUAGGGCUGAUCACACUUCACACUAUAGGUGUGUGAUAUGACAGAUUUUUCUGAUGUGAAAAUCUGCCUCAAGGAGGCAUUUGGAAGUCGAAAAGUAUGUUCGUGUGGUCUUAAAUUCAUUCUACAGAACACUCAUCAGUUUACUGUUUCCAACCGUCCAUUAAAAUCAGGGUUUUUUUUUUACAUUUGAAAAAGCAGGUGUAUUUCUUUUAUAAAAUAGGUAAUUUGGCCAAAUCUGUAUAUAUCCUAUAAAUGAAACAAUGAGCGGAUAACAUGCAUAGGUGAAGACAAAGAAAUAUCUAGAGUGGAUUUCUGUGCUUUUAGGCAGAGGUGACAAGAUUUAUAUUGGCUUUAGAAAUUUGCCUGAGUAACAGUAACUGCCACAGCAAUUUACUGCUCAAACUGCUUUGUUUUACACACAUACACACACAUAUAUACAGGCAGAUUGGUCAAAUACCUGAAGGCUGUACAUUGAGAAAAAAACCUGAUCCACGAGGCUGAACGUUUGUUGUGUAUGCUUGAGGGGAAAGUGUCUGUGCAAAUGUAGGAAGCUGUGCUUUUAAAGAGUCCCCACAAAGAAGGCCCCUGCCUACUUCAGAUUCAGAUUCAAAUU